AUGUUUGUGGAGGCGGUGGUCCGGUGGGGAGCUUGGAGCGUUCUUCUCGCUGGCCUGGGAGUCUCCGCUGGGGGCUGUCCAUCUCGCUGCACGUGUCGCCCUGAAGCUAAAGAAGUCAUCUGCUCCGGAAAACAUCUGAACUCUAUCCCUGAGGGCUUCUCCGGCGAUGCCAAAAAACUAGAUCUGUCCUACAAUAAGAUCAAGACCGUGGCACGACGCCAGUUCUCCGGUUUACAGGUCCUUCAAGAGCUGGACCUGAGCGAUAAUCUGAUCUCCAUGAUGGAAGUGGAGGCUUUUCACGGCCUUCCUAAUCUCAGGACUCUUCGGAUUAAAAAUAACCGCCUUAAGAUCAUUCCGGUUGGGGUGUUCUCAGGCCUCUCCAAUCUUCGCUUCCUGGACCUGAGUCAAAAUGAGAUACUGGUAUUUCUUGAUUACACUUUCAAAGACAUGUCAAAUCUGCAAAUACUCGAAGCCACAGAAAAUGACUUGGUUUUCAUCUCACAGCGUGCGUUCUUCGGACUUACAAAUGUGGUAGAGUUGAAUAUAGAUCGGAGUAACCUGACUGCCAUUCCCACUGAGGCCCUAACCCAGCUACCGAACCUGACCCGCCUACGCAUGCUCCGCCUCACCAUCUCCACCAUCCCCAAUAACGCUUUCCGAAGAUUACAUCGACUACGUACCCUCGUCAUAUCCAGUUGGCCUUUUUUGGAAAGCUUGGCAAGCAAUAGCCUCAUCGGACUCAAUUUGACCUCUCUCGUUAUCACCAACUGCAACCUUAGUGAGAUACCUUAUCCAGCGCUCCGUCAUCUGGCUUAUUUGCGCUUUUUAGACUUGUCAUACAACCCCAUCACGGUCAUCCAAGGAAAUCUACUUGGAGAUCUUUUGAGACUUCAAGAGUUACACUUAGCAGGUGGAAGUUUGGUACAGAUAGAACCAGGCGCCUUUAGAGGACUGACCAACUUCCGUAUGCUCAACGUGUCAUCCAAUCAGCUCAGCACUUUGGAAGAGACUGCUUUCCAUUCAGUUGGGAACCUCCAGGUGCUGAGGUUAGAUGGGAACCCUUUGGCGUGCGAUUGCCGAUUGCUUUGGGUGGUGCGUAGGAGGUUACGAUUAAACUUUGACGGAUUCCAACCUACUUGUGCGUCUCCGGAUGCAGUGAAGCUACGGCAAUUCCGUGACUUCUCCGAAAAAGAGCUUCCGAGGCUGUUCACCUGCCGUCCAGCCAGAAUCCACGAUCGUCGACCUCAAGAAGUAAGAGUAGAGGAAGGGACUACAGUUGCGUUUUCGUGCAAAGCUGACGGGGAUCCAGCUCCUGCCAUUAGGUGGAUUUCGCCGCACAGGAACAUCAUCUCACCUACGGGAAGAAUCCGAGUCUUGCCUAACGGUACCUUGGAAGUCCGGUAUGCUCAAGUUCACGAUGGCGGCGCAUACCAGUGUCUAGCUGGUAAUGCCGCCGGUAACGACAGUCUCACAGUUGGACUCUUCGUGAAAGGGGUCCCUCGUAACAGAAGCAUCCCCAUUUUCAUCGACGAAACCUGGAUAGAGCCAACGCACAUGACGCAAACUGCAAACUCGUCCUCUCAAAUGGCCAAGCCCUACCCUUUCGACGCAAAGACGCUUAUAAUAGCUACAACCAUGGGCUUCCUCUCCUUCCUCAGCUCGGUAGCUAUAUGUUUUGUCUUCAUGUUUUUCUGGAGUCAAAGUAAAGGACAAAUCAAGCACACCGCUACCAUUGACUUUGUACCGCGGUCGUCUAUGGGUGGAGGAGGAGAUGGAGGCGAUGGGGGAAGGUUCACUAUGAAACUUAUCUAA